AUCUGUUGAGCCGGUAGCUAAACAUGCCAGUUGCGAAUAAUCCGUUAACCGGCUUGUAAAAUGAUCAUUUUAUCGAAGUAAUCGACAGUUUAAAAAUUCGCGAACGAGUUUUCGAAUAGGUCAAUAUCCGAUUACAGACGUAAGUAUAUUACUUUUGAAAAAAAAAAAUUCGUAAUGAAUAUUUCGAAAAAUUCGACCGAUUGCGAAUCGCGUUAGCUCGAACGAAUUUCGACCACUUGUUGCUUUGCGUACGUACCUACGAUUCGGUGAUUUUUUUUCACGAGUUUAUUUAUUUCGAUUUCGUUGAUUUUUUUUCGUUUCGUUUAAAAUUGAAAAAUGCGGUGAUGCGUUGGAAAGUUAUUUGUUACCAUGGCCUGACGUCAUGGUGAAAAGCUCAUUAGGGAUAAAAUCGUUUCUAGUGCUAGUAAUGGUGAUGGUGAAUGUGGUGACAAUGGUCCCGUCUUUACCAAUUUUAUCACCACAGUCCGAAAAUACGCAGAAUGAUUCGUCCACGAGGAUAGAAAGAUCCGCUCCUGAUAACUUCACCGGAACUACGAGAAGAGUACGAAUGUUCAUCAGAAAUAAAUAUUUGCAAAUCUUCCCAGAUGGAACUGUAAAUGCCACGGACGAUGCUACGAGUGAAUAUGCUAUAAUUCAACAAUCCGGUGUUACUAAAGAUACUAUGAAAAUUCAAGGCAUCGCUACCUGUGCCUUUCUGUGUAUGGAUUCGUGCGGGCUUCUUUAUAGCACGAGAGACUUCGACGACGAAUGUGUAUUCAACGAAACGCUAGAGGCACACUACUACAACACGUACUGGUCGGUGAAACACUCGAAUGAAAAAUACCGGAAAUACAUCGGUAUAACAAAGAGCGGCACGCCGCGAAAAAUCGAAAUCAAAACCGGCGCUAAUCUCGGCAAACUGGCGAAUUUCGCCUCAGUCCUACCAAUGGAUGUCAGUUCGGAAGAAAUUAAAAUUUUACAAGACAAAAUUCGAACCCAGCAUCCUAAUUCCACGCAACCUCAACAUCAUCAUAACAUGAGACAUCAUCAUAACAUGAGACAUCAUCAUAUCUGCCCUCCUCCUUAUCAUAUGAAAAUCACCGAAAGCACUAAAUGUAUAGGCAUAAAAUUAAAAAAUAAAAAAAGAAAGAAACGAAAAUGUUACGAGAAUGAAAAAGAAAACGACGAAUGUCACACGGUAGGAGUUAAAUCAGCCACCUCCAAUAAUGCCGAUGGUCAUCGUAAGGAGGCCGAUGGAGUCGCUGAAAGUUUAAAUCAUCCGAAAAAAAUUAGAAAAAAGAAAUCCAGUAAGAGAAAGAAUAAACAAUCGAAAUCUCCAGAUAGGAAAGAUGCGGCUGAAAGAAAUUCCGAUCGAGAUGCGGAUGAUACCAUGACUACUAUUACACCUGAAGACGGCGCUGAUGACGACUGACGAGUUCCUAGAUAAAGAAUAAUUAAAUUAAUGCGUUAAAAAGCUUUAAGUAUUUUUAUCAAUAUUUAUAUAGCUUAGGUAAAUUGUGAUUAAAAUGAGUACAAAUCAGUGUUUACGUUCGUAUUAUCGAACACGCGUACCGUUAUAUCGAACGAUUUCAUGAUCCAUAUGCCUGUUGCCUAUUAUAAUACUUAAGUAGCCUAUGGAUUUUUUUAAAAAUUUAGUUCCUUCGUUCAUUUCUUCGAAUGUGAAAAAUUAUCGAUAUCAAAGUUGCCGGGAAUAAGCUUCAAUCAGUUGGGCUUUUAUAAUCGAUGCUGGUCAUCAUAUUUUUUUAACGAGAAUCUUUGAACCGGUUCCACUGAAAUUCGCUCAAAUGAGCAAGAAAAACGAGUCAUUUGCAAUCGCGUCUUUAGUCUUCUUUUUUAUCAUACUCAAGUAGGUAUCUACCUACCUAUUCUUUUUCAUCAUAAAAUAUCCGGAGCAAGCUUUGGUUACUUUGAACAUUGAAAGGUAUCUCUAAAGAUAAACUUUUCUUCGAAUGAAAACAUUUUCCAAGUUGGUUCUUUUGGACGUUAAAAACCGAAGCCAAAAAGCUCGCUCAUUGUUACGUUCAAGUUCAACGAUCUUUUAAUGCACCAUCGCGAAGAAAUUACAUCUUUUUUAUCGUACAAUUUUUUUCUAUAGCAAUUUAAGCCCAUUAUGGCAUUAUACACGAAAUUUUGCAUUGAAAAAGACCUUCGCUUAUCUUACACCGUAAUAUCGGCUGUCUGAACGAAGCGAUUGCAGUAUUAAAGCGCGAAAAGGUAAUUAAUUCUUUGAAAAUUCUUCCUACCUAAAGGCUUCAUUUAAAAGUAUAUAAUUCUUAUUUAUUGUUUCGAAUUUCGCUGCAAAUUUUAUAAAAUGAAAUUUCUUGUUUUUCAGCUCAUUUUAGUAAGCCUAUUAUCAUUUAUCUUUACUGAAAUCGAGUUUUGGUAAUUUAAGGUCGUUGACUGCUCUUUCAAACCUUAGAAAAUUUUUCUGAUUAAAAAAUUACGCUAUUUUAAAAUACCAUCGAACGAAUCGAAAAAGCUUUCAUUAUUUCAUAUAAAGUAAGUACUCAUUUUAAUACAUUAUACAACUCGAAAGAACCGUACGAAGUAUUAUGUAUUUAUUUUAAAGUACCUAUGCAUUUUUUACGACUGAUCCGAUACGUUUUUUUUUUAGUUACUAAUUGAAUUUAGAAUUAAAUUCUCGCCCUAUUGGGGUGUGUUAUUUACACAAAUAUUAUUAUAUUAUGCCUAUGUGUAGUACGUGCCUUUCGUUCUUAUGUUGGUUACCUGCUGAUGCAUCGCUUCAAUUUAUUAUUUAGAUUCUUUUAUGUACUAUGGUUCGUACAAUACUCGCGAUAAUGAAAUAAUAAAAUGAAAAUGAAAAUGUCAACUGAAUUGUUUGUAAAGGAACGAUUCUCUUAGACAUUGUUUCAUACUUACGCGAUAAUUACUCGGAUAAUUUACCAUUUAAUGUGCAUCGCGUUGUAUAUUAUUUUUUUCACGUAUAAUAAAAGUCACGUCACUAAAAGAAUGUAAUUUUGCAUUUGAAGACUAUUUUUAAAACAUGAUCUAACGUACGAAUAUGUUUCGUUUAAAGUUGCAAAAAGGGCAAAUGUACGAAUUGUGAAGUUGAAAAAUGUACGGAUUUUUAAUGGGACUCGCUGUGAUAUUAAAACUGUAUUAGUAAAUGUAAUUUUUAUACAUCAAUUUUUAACUCGUUAUUACACAAGUAAUGUAAUUACCUUCUCUUAUUUGUAUUUCUUUUUUCUAUAAACGUAGCAUUUUCCGCUAAGUCAACGUGUAUUAUUGUCCGUGUGAUGCGAAAAGAUCAGAUUUUCACGUUUGUGGUUUUUUGUUCGCCGAAUGGAAUGAAAAAUUCGAUAAACGUGCAAUUUUUUUUUCCUUAGAGAGACUUCGUUCGUGUUGUAAGUAUAGAUUAAUUUCAAAUCUCUGGUCAUUAUAUUUUUAGGAUUUGUAUUCUAUAAGAUUGAUUUUAUAGUUAUUUUUUGUACGAUUUGAAAUUCUCAAGCUGUCAAAUUUGAUUGCAUUCUAUACGUUUUAAUAAUUUUUUUUUUUGUACUUGGCAUAUAUACGAUGUGAAUGUCCAUAAGUGAUUUUUUUAAAGCUUAAAAUUUAUUUAUUUAUUCUUUUUUUAAAAUACUUAUUUUUGUGUUUUAUUUUAGUAGGUAUUCCUUUUUUAGAUACGAUUUUUUUUUUUUUGUAUGACACGAAUAAUGCGAUAUUUUUUAGUGUACAUUAGAUCAAAAAAAUAGAUUGUGUAAAUUACGAGUAUUAAUAAUAAAAUUAUUAUUUUGAUGCUUCGGUUCAA